UUUCAGCUUUGAAAGUGCAAGCUCUGUAUAAAAAGAGAGAAAAAGAAAAGCAUUCACUCUCUCUGUCUGUCUCUGUCUCUGCAAUAUCAUUUGAAAGCCAACCCUCUCAAUAAUCCUCAAUUUGAGCAAUUUGGUUUAUUUUUGCCAAGACACCUUUCCUUGUUAAAUGGGGAUAUCUUUCUCCUGCCCAUUUGCCAAAUACAGUGAUGUGGAAAAUGGCUUAGAAUCUAUCAUCGUCAAGUCCAUCAGUUUUAGAGAGGAUGAAGUCAAAACUCCAGUGCGAUCUGUCAGUUUCAACAGUGAAGAUUCUGAACCCAAGAUACUCAAAUCCUUAAGUUGUGGGAAGAUGAAAAUAGAAACAUCUGUUAGCUUUAAGACUGGAGAAUUGGAAAAAAUGCUCUCAGUCAAGGCUCAUCCAUUAGAAAAUAAUAUGCACAUUGAAUCAAAAAUACAAGAAAACAAUGUGGUGUGCAAUCAAUCCACGAGAUCAGACAGUCAUGUGGCGAUGAUCCAAUCAUUGCCAAUUUUGGAUCCCACCAAUCCCAAGCAUGUGGCUGCACUAAAGUUGCAGAAAGUGUACAAAAGCUUCCGAACCAGAAGGAAGCUAGCAGAUUGUGCAGUUCUAGUUGAGCAGAGCUGGUAUGCAUCCUAUUUACAUGCACCGACACUAUCCUCUUAUACAAAUUCUGAUGUCUUUCUCUCGUGUGCUAAUGCGUUUAUAUGUCUUGAUUAUAGGUGGAAGCUUUUAGAUUUUGCUGAACUCAAAAGAAGUUCUAUAUCAUUCUUUGAUAUAGAAAAGCAUGAAACUGCCCUUUCGCGAUGGUCAAGAGCAAGAACCAGAGCAGCCAAGGUGGGAAAAGGUUUAUCAAAGAAUGAUAGAGCUCAGAAACUUGCUUUACAACACUGGCUUGAGGCUAUUGACCCACGGCAUCGAUAUGGACAUAAUUUACACUAUUACUAUGACAAAUGGCUUCAUUGUCAGAGCAAAGAACCCUACUUCUACUGGCUGGAUAUAGGAGAAGGGAAGGAAGUGAAUCUUGUUGAAAGAUGCCCUCGAUCAAAACUUCAACAGCAGUGUAUCAAAUAUUUGGGUCCGAUGGAAAGGUUGGCCUAUGAAGUUGUUGUGGAGGAUGGAAAGUUCUUCUACAAGCAAUCGGGGAAGCUCCUUGACACCACUGAAGAAGCCAAGGAUGCCAAGUGGAUUUUUGUCCUAAGCACAUCUAUGACCUUGUAUGUUGGCAAGAAGAAGAAAGGUACUUUCCAGCAUUCUAGCUUCUUGGCCGGAGGAGCUACGUCUGCUGCUGGGAGAUUGGUUAUUGAGGAUGGCAUCCUAAAGGCUGUCUGGCCUCACAGUGGUCAUUAUCGACCUACAGAAGAAAAUUUUAAGGACUUUGUCUCCUUCCUCAAAGAGAACAACGUGAAUCUCACAGAUGUAAAGAUGAGUCCAGUUGAUGAGGAGGAUGAUUUGUUUAGCAAGCAAAGAAGCAGUAUUCAUCUUAGAAGUUCAUCUGACGAGGACUUUACCCAAAAGUUGGGUAGCGAAGAGACCAAUGUUGAAGACUUGAAUCAAGAGAAAAUUGAUUUUAUAGAAGAUGAUACUGCUGCUGCUGCAUUGGAACUGCCUAUAACAAGCCGGUUACAUAGUCUCGGUAGAAAAUUGGCUAACCUUGAAAUACCAAGAAGGAAUGAACUGUCUGAGAGGUUAGACAGAGAAAAUCAAAAUUUGGGACCAAGUCGUAACAGUUUGCCAGCAGAAUCUCCAGUGGAAGGUUAUGAAACGGCAGAAGAAACCUUUCCUUCUGAACAGGAUUACAUGGUUCCAAAGCAGAACAAGUUUAAUGAACAGCAUGAAGAGAUUGAAGUGGAAAUCAUUCCCGAAGAAUCAAUUCAGGAAAGGAUUAAUUCGCAUAAAGGAAUGAAGUCAUACCAAUUAGGGAAGCAAUUAUCUUGCAAAUGGACAACAGGAGCUGGACCCCGCAUUGGUUGUGUAAGGGACUAUCCCUCAAAGCUCCAGUUCCAAGCUUUGGAGCAAGUGAACUUGUCUCCAAGAAGUGCUGCCCGUUCUAGAUCAUACUUCUCUCCUCAGCUCGUCAGGGGGCUGAGCUCAAGGCUAAUGACACCAAGAAGUUAUGGUGAGGAAAUGGCACUAACCAUAACAUCACCUACACCUGAGGAAGGAAAUUUCUCACAAAGAAUCAAUCACCAUUCAAGAACACAGUCCUCCCCAUUGAUGAGAGGAACAUCAAUAACUUCAAUUGGUAACGCCCAAUGAGUAAGAAAAGAUUUCCUGAUUGAUAUAUUCUUUUUAUGUGAAUAGAAAAGAUGACAUAGGAAUUCUUUCUCAUUCUUUUCAUUCAAAACCACUUAUACAUUUUUUUUUGUUUUUCAUCUUGUACAAUAGAAGAGGAUAAUUGUACAAUUUUGUGGGCUCCAUGCCCUUUUAAUACAAAAGAAGGUAUUAAAUUUUC